GUCAAAUUGAUAAAACCGGAUGUACAAUAAAAGGAAGUUUAUUAUACAUCAUUUGAAUCCAGCCGUAUAUGUAUGGUAUGGGGUCUCGCUUUCGAACACAAAUGUGUUGAAUAAACAUACACGCCGGCAAAGUUUAUUAAUUUGAGUCAAAUUUUUUUGCAUUUAUUAAAAUAAACAUGGUUGAACAACAAAGAAGAAGGGUUGAAGAUAAUAUGACAAGAAUUGUUGAAGAAAUUGAUAAAUCUUAUUUACGUAAAAUGCAGGCUGAUAUGCACCGAUGUGCAGCUAAUUGUUGUGAAAAUCAAUCUCUUAGUCUCCAGAGAGUUCAACAAUGUAUAGAAACUUGUAGUAUAUCUCUGAACAAUGCUCAACAAUAUGUUCAAUCAGAAUUUGAACGAAGCCAGAAUCGACUGCAAAGAUGUAUUAUGGAGUGUAAUGACAGUAUAAAAGAUAAAAUGAGUCACGAUCCAUCUCAAGAUGAAGUUAAUAGAUUGAGUGAAGAUUUUGAAAAAUGUGCCACCAAAUGUGUUGAUUCGUACUGCGAUCUUCUUCCGACUUUGGAGAAAUCGAUAAAAAAAACUUUAAGUAGUGGAAAAUUUGAUCAGCAUCAGUAAUUGGUCCUACCAAUAAUUAGAGUGUGUUCAAAAAAUAAUCAGCAAUUAUUUAAAUGUAUUAAUGAUGUACAUAAUAACAUAUUUGUUUAUAUGGCAUUCGUUUCUUUAUUGUUAAAAACGAAAAUGACAAAUCUGCAUGUUUUAGCAAUGAGACUGUUACGAGAUAUGAGGCAUAAAAAUAAAAAUUCUUAAUUAAAACAAA